AUGGAUGACGAUGAGUACCUGCGUCGGGCUCUCGAAGAGAACUACCACCUUAACGAGCAGCAUGAACGGCAGCUUGAAGAAUCGCGAAGAUUCCAUCGCGACCUUAAUGAAAGAGCUCUCAGAGUAUCCCGGGCUGAUGCGGAGAGGGCCAGACAGGCUGCUCGGGAAGAGGAUGAUCAAUUGAUGAUGGCAAUAGAAAGGAGUCAGGCAGAGGAGCGCGCGAGGGCAAGGAGGCUUCAAGCAGAGAGACAAAGAUUACUGCAGAUGGAUAGAGAAUUCGGCAGUGGUCCAGGUCAGCGUGUAGGUGACAGUGCCGCUCAGGCGAACUCCAGGAGUCUACGAAACAACGAAGACGUAGUCCGUGGAAACACUGGUUCAACGAGAGCCAGAUCCGCUACCGGAAUUCAACCAGGGUGUGGUAACCAACGAUCAAGACGCCAAAGCACAGCAUCAUCAACUGUCCCUCAAACUGACCGAAGACGUGCAACUCAUGGAAAUAGCGGCCCAGCACGGUCAAGAUCCGCCACAACCCACCAGGAGGAUAACAGCCUGAGUGGUAGACGAGCGCGCCAACCACGGCUCCAGGAUACCGUACCGUCACAUCUUCCCCAAGCAAGCACAUCAAGAGCAAGCACCCCUUCCCGCGCCAACAGUGCAUGCGAAUCUCUAGCGCGCCGCAUUUCCAGUAUCGCAGCCCCAUACACCACCCGUCGUCACUCCCACCACCAGCCUGGUUUCUCCAACCCUCCCAUAAUUCCUCAACCUGCUCAUAGUCCGGCCAUGUACUCCCUCUCCGAAAUACUUGCCCGCUCCCGCAUAGAUGCCUUCCCCACCGGGCCCUUCUUCCCCGCAGAUGCUGAUCCGGCCUUUGAUGCUGCCCUCCAAGCCGCAAUCAACGAUUCUGCCGAUCAAGCGCGCGACGAAGAGGAAGAAGCCGUUCAACGCAGUCGGGGCAUCCCAACGUAUGAAGAGGCCUGCAGCAUGCCGAGGUAUAGACCACCAAGGGGAGCGAGAUAUGUGUUUCAGGGACCGAAAGAAGUUUAUGUUGAGACAGGUGGCGAGGGUGAGGGGAUGAGGGUCAAAGUCGUGGGGGAUAUGGAUCUGGGAGAAGCUCUCAGGGUUGCGAACCAGAAUUUUGGACAGCGAACAGGGCAGGGCCGACGGCAGUGGUGA